AUAUUAACAUUUUCUAGCAAAACAUUUAUAGCAAACAGUAUAGGCUCGUGGUAACAUUGUGUCGGUUUUACUGGUUUUUAAUAUAAAUACACGUCAUCAAAAUGACGUCAACGGCUGCCGCUGAAACAAAGGACCGUUACGUUGUGCUGUGUCAGCAAAAAGACGUCAUACCGCAUGAUUACAUCAUCAACGCACUCGUGAAAUCGGCGAAGGAUUUUCUGCUUAGUACAACUAAUGAACUAAAACUGGAUUUGGCCGGAAAUAAUAAACUUAUGACUGAUAAACGUCUGGGGGACAAGGACGUUGAGGUUCUAUGUGCAAUUUUAGGUAAAAGCACAGCUCUCACAUCGCUCGAUCUGCGGUAUAACAAUCUGACCGACGACGCUGCUCCGUCUAUUAGUAAACUCAUAAAAGAGACGCCAUCCUUAAAGGAGUUAAACAUUAUGUGUAACGACUUCACUGAAAAGGGAGCAGAACACAUUGCCGAAGCCCUGCUGACGUCACAGACUUUGAGGUCACUAAAGGUCAACGGGAACAAGAUUGGGAACCGAGGUGGAAUGUAUUUUGCUCAAGCUUUGCAGAUUAAUAAUAAACUUAGAGAGUUAGACCUGGGAGACUGUGACCUUGGUACAGAGUGUGUGAUCGGUCUAUCUACUGUGUUGAAUCAGAAUAAACACCUAAAAGCUUUGAACUUAAACCGGCCGUUGCUGUUUUCGUUGCAAGAAGAAUGCGUUGUGCACGUCGGAAGAAUGCUGAAAGUAAACCACACACUCAGGGAAAUACAUCUUGCAAAGUUUGAUAUGAAAGAUUUUGGUGUAGAGCGUUUAUGUGACGGGUUAUACGACAACUUCUCUCUUGGUUAUUUAAACCUUAGCUGUAACCGCAUUACAAGAGACGGGGCUGCUGUCUUGGCAAAACUGUUGCGCCGAAACACCCCGUUAGAGAUUCUGGACCUUGGAUUCAACCGCAUUGAAGAAGACGGGGCGAAACAUAUCGCCUCUGCUCUUUCAACGUCAAACAGCAAUCUCAAAGCACUUGUAGUAGUAAGUAAUUGCAUUCAAGGUAACGGUAUUGUCUCUCUUGCGUCUUCUCUAAACACCAACUCAUCAUUAUCUAACCUUUACAUUUGGGGCAACGAUCUAGACGAAAACGCAUGUAAAGCCAUGGGUGAACUCAUUCGUUCAAGACGACUCCAACCACGCAACACUGACGUACAACCUUACGUUGUUGAUGAUAGGGUUUACCUCUCUGAACUUUCUCAUGGAAUUCGUCGCUUUUAUUACUGGACACCAAGCUACGGACCUGAUGUAUACGGACACGAAGACGACUAAUCUAAUUAUGUGUAACUUGUGUACGCGUCACACGUCCGCCUGUCAUAUUUUGUUGGUAACACAGUUUACGAAUUGCGUGUUUAAUAUACCAUAUUUGUUUCGCCCGGUUUAUCAAACAGCUGUGGUUUAGUAGCA